AUGGCGACGCACAUAUGUAUGGUUCUCCUCUGGUUUGCUGCAUCUCUUCCUGGACUCCUUGCGGUGGCUUCUUUGCCGGCGUUAAACUGUAGCAAGGACAGUGAUGCGGCAUUGGCAAGCCUUGGUGUCAAACACGUCAAUGCAAAGCACAAACAUGGAUUUAGGUUCAAGCUGGAGGAGGUCCAGAGCAGCAAGUAUUAUCUGGUAUCAGGUGGUUGCCAUGUUACUGUCAAUGUGAAGCUAGUGCAGACCAAAUGUCACUUCACAAACCCCAAACCUGCCGACCAGUGUGAAGUUUGGCUACGAGAGGAACGAGGUGCAGUGGCAACCUGCAGUAUUGAGUUUUGGGUCAUGUGGGGCAUGGCCAAAGUGACCAAACGCGAAUGCACCACCAUACCAGAACUUUCCAAUGAGGAGAUGGCGACCAUUUGCCCCCGCUGCCCUGUGUUGGUGUCGCUGGACGACCCGACCGCCGUGGAGGCUGUACACUAUGCCGUGGUCAAGUUCAACCGGGAGAACAAAAACCCAAAUUACUUCACCCUGAUGGAAGUGGCUCACGUCACAACGGGGUACUUCGAAUCUAUUGGUACAGUCACCUGGAUCAAGUUCGCCCUGGUUGAGACCUCGUGUCCUCGAGGUGCUAGGAAUACUUUUGUGCCCUGCACUCCUCGCUGUGCUGACAGAGCUAAUCAUUUAUUUUGCCAAACCACCUAUUAUAACUCCUACGGACAACUGGGAGAAAUUGACUGUGAAUUAUAUCCACCAAAGAAUCCAACCUCCUACCCGACUGGUGUGCCAGAACCUGUGUGCAGGCCGUUGUUCCACCAAAGUCCAGAGGCUUGUGUUUGCAAGGCACAGCUGAACAGACCUGUGCCUGCCAUCCACCACAUUUGUCCAUUCCCGAUCAAAACGAUGUCAACUCAAUAG